CGCUCCUGGGGACAUUCUAACCGCCGCCGGUCCCGCCGCCUCUCGCCCCGCUAUUAAUACCGGCCGGCGGCCCGGGAGCGGGGCGCGGCGUGCGCAGCGCGGCCAUGGGGACGCUGCUGGCCUUGGUGGUCGGCGCGGCACUGGUGUCCUCAGCCCGGGGGGGCUGCGUGGAAGUGGACUCGGAGACUGAGGCCGUGUAUGGGAUGACCUUCAAAAUUCUGUGCAUCUCUUGCAAGCGGCGCAGUGAGACCAGCGCCGAGACCUUCACAGAGUGGACCUUCCGCCAGAAGGGCACAGAGGAGUUUGUGAAGAUCCUGCGUUAUGAGAACGAGGUGCUGCAGCUGGAGGAGGAUGAGCGUUUCGAGGGCCGUGUAGUGUGGAAUGGAAGCCGGGGCACCAAGGAUCUGCAGGACCUGUCCAUCUUCAUCACCAAUGUCACCUACAACCAUUCGGGUGACUACGAGUGCCACGUCUACCGCCUGCUGUUCUUCGAUAACUAUGAGCACAACACCAGCGUCGUCAAGAAGAUCCACCUUGAGGUGGUGGACAAAGCCAACAGAGACAUGGCGUCCAUAGUGUCUGAGAUCAUGAUGUACGUGCUCAUCGUGGUGUUGACCAUUUGGCUCGUGGCAGAGAUGGUAUACUGCUACAAGAAGAUUGCUGCUGCCACGGAGGCCGCUGCUCAAGAGAACGCCUCGGAAUACCUGGCCAUCACCUCAGAGAGCAAAGAGAACUGUACUGGCGUCCAGGUGGCCGAAUAGCUCUGGCCCUGGGCUCCGCCUCAAGGGGAUGAGCCAGCCCUAAUGGGGACCAUCUGGGUACUGCCUGCCCCCAAUGGGGGUUGGCCAUUCUUGGAACUCUGCAAGCCUCAGAGGCCUGCCAAGGAGCCGCUGGGGUGGGAAGGCAGGAGGAUUGGCUCGGCUCAGACUCCUCACCCAGCCUUCUUCCUCCUGAACCCCAUCGCCCACCCACCGCCAUGCAUGAUGGGUAAAGCAAUACUGCCGCUGCCCCCAGCCCCUGCUUCUGCUGCCUGUUUGGGGGAGGGGGCGGUGAGGUGGGGGCAGCGGCUCCGCACCCCUCUUCUUGCUGAUUUGCACACAUUGGCCACUUCAGACACGCUCUGCUGGGCCAGCCCCUCCCCACACCAUCCCUGCCCAGCGGGGAGGGUCAUAAUGGCCUGGAACAGUUUGGGGCAGGAGGUUCUGGACCCAUCCUGGACUCCCGGGCAUCAUCUCACCCCACCCACCCCUGCUUCCUCCGGCUGGACCUGGGGUCCCCUUCCCGUGAUGCACUUUUGCCCUGGCCCAACCCCACCCUCUCUCACCAGCCUUGGACUGUGGCCACUUAGGAAGGGGCCCAUUCUGCCUCGUCUCUCUUUACAGAAGUAGUUUUGUUCAUGAAAUAAAGACUAUUGG